GAUAACUCGGCGCGUAUAGAACGUUCACCGAAGACAUGGAGCUAAAUGGGCUCUCCGACAGAAAAAAGUUCUCCUUAAGAAAAACUGCAACAAAAAGAUUUAAAAAAAAAGUGAAAUCAAACACAAACCAGAUGCUUAGCAACCCAAAAACAUAACCCCAAAAGAGAUAAUCAAAUAAAAUUAGAUCAAAAAAAUUAAAUACAAUCAACUUGCGAAUGACGAAAUCAAGUAAAGCCAAAAGAAAUCAAAUAAUUUUAUGAACACAAACACACACACAAUCAAAAAUAAAAAAUAUAUAUUUAAAAUUGUUGCAAAAUUCCAUUCUUUAAGAAAAAUUACAUUUCAUAUCUAAUCAAAAUGCCAGCUGAGUGAAACAACAACAGCAACAAUGACAACAAAUCAAAUACAUGAAAACGGGUAUAAAUAUUUAGAAAAGUGCUAAGAUUAAUCAAACAAUAAAUCAUCAUCGAAAGUGCAAAAACAACAACAGCGACAACAAAACCAAACAAUCCUUAAAUAAAUAAAUUCGAUGGCAUGGAAUUACAGCAGCAACAAAAUCCAACAACAACAACGACAACACCAUUAGAAUCACCACCACAAAACUGGGUAAACAAAACGCAACAAAAAGUGGCAAAAUAAAUCAAACAAAAUCAUGACACCCCAUCAUUAUUAGAAGCAACAACAACAAAAAGAACAACAGUAACAGUGGCAACUGCAAAAGCACGUCAACGGCAUCACACAGUAACAGAAUUACAAAUGAUAACCAACCAAUAAUUUUCAAUUCGUUUCAAUUCGACAUCGAUACCAAAUUAUAUUUGAAAAUCCAAAUAAACACAAACAAAUCGAUCCGCCGCUAAGCAGUAUUAACAAAAAAAUCAUUGAAAACCCAGAGAGAGAGGGAGAGCGAGUAGGCCCCUGUUCUUGAAGGCAACAAAAGACUAAUUCGGAGCUUGUCAAACAGCUUUAGAAUGAAAUGGAUUUGCAACAAAGACUUGGUCUUCGACCAACCGCAACAAAUGUCAGUGACAGAGUUACAGCGACUAAUACGAGAACAACGACAACGGCAGCAACAACAACAAUGUUCUCGACGACAACAACACAAAACGAAUACAACGCCAGCACUAACGGCAAGAGCAAUGAAAGAAUGUUUGAUACAUUUUGUUGGCGACGAUUCAGGCCAGGUGCCACCGAGGAGGGCCAAAAUGAGAGCGACACACCUCAUAUGUGGUGUGAGGCAGCUCAAACCCAACUAUCUGAAACUACGACACCCCUCAACCACAACAUCACCUCCACAUGGAAUGAUACCAUGUCGGAGGAUAAUGGUUCCGAAUCCAAAUUGUUUCACACAUUCCAUUGUAUACUCGAAACCUCAUCGACUGCAGCACCACAAUCCUCGGCAACGACAACAUCGCCAACAACACCGCCACCACCAACAACAACAACACAUUACAGCUGCCUUAAUACAAUUCCGGUGUUAUCCAACAAACACCAGACUCAAAUGCCACAGGAAUCAAAUCAGUUGCCUCCCCUCUUCUCAGACCCUGCCUCAAUUCAGCGCCUGUCCUCGUCCUCGUCCUCAUCGCCAUCGCCGCAGUCAUCAUCAUCAUACCCCACCACUUCCUCCUCAUCUGCGGAGUUCGUGCAAAAAUGUGUGGAACGUUUGAAAGUAAUUGUCGAUGAUUUGCAACAACCACUUCAAGAAUUCCAAUUGUCCUUUAAGUAUCCACAUCCACAAGGACAUGAUCAUCAUCAUCUUCAUCAGCAUCCGCUCCAUAUGAUGAGCAUAGAUGAAACUAUGACAACAAGUAUUACAACAACACCAACAAGUAUUAAUGACAAUUACAGUGAUACAGUGAUGCUCAGUGACUCUACCCGCCUCUGCCCUCAGCGCACAAUGCUCUGCGACAAGACGCCUCUGUUCUCCGCAUCCGCCGCCAACUCCUCCUCGGCUGCCGCAACACUAAGCAAUAAUGUUCGAUGUUUUGUGUUUCAAAAUUUACCCGAAAUGGCUAAAGCAUCCUUGGAAUCUUUACAUGACAGCAUGCCAGCAGCGUGGAGUGCACCCUCCACUCAAGCAUUUCUCAACACAACUUCUUGGGCCCAUGGCACGGCAGCAGGAGCAACAACAACAGCAAUAAUGAACACCACCACCACAACAUGGAAUGAUGAUUUAUGGCCAUGGAGUUUAUCGUUACUCAAUUCCACACUCGCUGCGAAUUCAUCUCUGACAACAUUUCCCGAUACCAUCAACGGUUCGGAUUGGCAUGGCGAUCUCAUUGGUCCAACAACACCACCGGUUAAAGGUUUCGAUUUUGGAUUUCUUUUUGUCCUCUUUUUUAUAUUCGCCGGUGGUCUGGGCAACAUCUUGGUGUGUCUAGCCGUGGCCUUGGAUCGCCGUCUGCAGAAUGUCACCAAUUAUUUUCUGUUCUCAUUGGCAAUAGCUGAUCUGUUGGUUAGCCUCUUUGUAAUGCCAUUGGGCGCCAUUCCAGCAUUUUUAGGCUAUUGGCCAUUGGGCUUUACGUGGUGCAACAUUUACGUUACAUGCGACGUAAUGGCCUGUUCGUCCAGCAUCUUGCACAUGUGCUUCAUUUCUCUGGGCCGUUACCUGGGCAUUCGGAAUCCAUUGGGUUCGCGGCAUCGUUCAACGAAGCGAUUGGCCGGCAUGAAAAUUGCCAUUGUUUGGCUAAUGGCCAUGCUUGUUUCCAGUUCCAUAACAGUGUUGGGUCUAGUCAACGAAAAGAAUAUCAUGCCACAGCCGAAUAUCUGCGUUAUAAACAAUCGAGCAUUCUUCGUAUUCGGCUCCCUGGUGGCAUUCUACAUACCGAUGGUCAUGAUGGUAAUCACGUACGCCCUGACCAUUCCCCUGUUGCGAAAGAAGGCUCGAUUUGCUGCCGAACAUCCGGAAAGCGAAUUAUUUCGUCGCUUGGGCGGUCGUUUUACAAUACGACCCCAACAUUCACAGCAGCAAAUCCAAAUGCACAGUAGUUUCAGCAACAAUUCUAGUUUUAGCAAAUAUUGUUUCGGCGGCAGUGCCACAGCCAGCGGUGAUUCGAAUCGCAACUUCAGCCACGACUAUGAAAAGCAAUCCACCGCUCAUCGCAGCAAUUCAUCAACGAAUUUCUCGAAUGGUAAUAAUGGCAGCAAUUGUGGCAGUGGUGUUGGGAGCACAACGCCGGGCAACAGCACAGCGACAACCAAUACCUGUCGCACCAGCUUCCGCAGUGGUAUCUUGCGUCAUUCAUCUUCGUCAUCCUUACGCAGCAAGCCGAGCAACUUUAAAGUGAUGAUGACCAACACCACAAUAGCGGGCAGUGGUGGUGGGGGCAGCAGCAGUCUAGGGGCCAUCGGUGGCGGCAACAGUUAUUCCAACAAUGAUAAACGACGUAUAUCGGUGCACAGCCAUCAAACAGCAUCGACGACGGCACACCAGGACACUGGCAACUAUUGGCGUUCAUCGCAUGCUGGUAAUGCGAAUCUAAUGGAUAGCCAUCCAAACCGCCGCUCCUCGGUGCGCAUUGCGAGUGCCAACAACAAAUCCCAGCUGGAAUUCUUCGGCAGCAAAGGAAGUGGCAAGGGGACGAGUCUCGCCACGACAAUGCAACCUUUGCGUUUCUCAUUACGUCGUAAUCGACGUGACGAUGGCAUGGAUCACGGCGAGGGAAUGGGUAUUGCAACAAUUGGUAUGGCCAAUAUGGGCAACCACUAUCAUCAGCACCAGCAACAACAACAACAGCAUCAGCACCAGCAUCAUUUCAAUGGAACCUGCGAACAGGGAACCCAAACGCCAACUUCAAUUAGCCGUGAAACGAGGCGAAAUCGAAGACUGAAAGUAUUUCGUUUUAAUUUCAAUAAAGUUGCAACGCCCGCCAUAAAUUUACGCUUCCUCAACAAUCGUAACAAGCGCAACAGCCUCUCCGCCAAUGCAGUUGCCACCGAACAGAAGGCUACCAAAGUAUUGGGUCUGGUGUUUUUCACAUUCGUUCUGUGCUGGUCACCGUUCUUCAUAUUGAAUAUAAUCUUUGCCGCCUGUCCCGAGUGCGAGGUACCCGAGCAUGUGGUCAAUACCUGCCUGUGGCUGGGCUACGUAUCCUCUACCAUUAACCCCAUUAUAUAUACAAUAUUCAAUCGAACGUUCCGGGCGGCAUUUAUACGUUUGCUCAAGUGUAACUGUGAGAGAUCUGGCCGCCCAACUCGCUAUCGUUCGGUCACCGAAGGACGCAGUGCAUUGAGUUUGUGUGCACCCUCCGCCUUGCCAUUGGCCAUAUCAUUCCAGGGCGCUCCCCUAAUGGCGGCUGGCCCCACCAACUCCUCGUCCAGUGGCAAUGUGGCAACACCAUUAAGCGAAUUUCGUGGCAGUUACACCAUAACUGAUGAUGAAUGUUGAUGUUGCCGUUGACAGGUGAAGCUUAACGGCCAAAAAACACCAAGAGUGAUGUAAAUAAGGGAGCGGAACACUCAAACAUCCAUACAUAUAAAUUCAUAAACAUAUAUCAUUCAUAAGGAUUAUGUUGUGAAUUUAUGCAUACACAGGUAUACUGAGGACAAUGGAUACAUUUCAAAAGCAAUAAAUGUUGCAUCGGUUCUUGGAAAGUAGCAAAGAAUGAAUUACGUUUCACUAACCGAAGUAUGUAUCGCACGGUAUUGUAAAUAUAGAAAUGAUACAAAUUCUAUUCCAUUUGAUUUACGAAAUCUGUAAAAUGUAGGCCUAAGUAAUUGUUUAAACAAUCUAAGCUAUGUGUUGUUAUAAGUUUACAUAUGUGUGAGUAAUUUAAGUAUUGUAAAGAAGAUUUGCUUAAGAUUAAACUAAAGAAAUAGAAAAAUAAACUGUCGCCUAUUGCAGGGAUGGGCACACAUACACAAACAUCCGUCAGAUGUAUACAAGUCAAUGCAACGUUUUUAACUCUUUUUGAAAUUUCCCGAAAAGUAAAUGGUAAAUUUUGUAAAAAAAAAAAGAUCACUAGAAUAAUGUCAGGUCAGGGCUCUUGAGCAAAAAUACAGCAUCCAGGAAAUUUGUAUAGACAAGGGUCAUAGACAAACAAAGGUGUAGACUAAAAAGUUGUCUUAUCUAUAGAGGUCGUUCAUUCUGUAAGAUUCCAUUCGCUAUUCGUCUAUUCGCUCAAUUCACUCAAUUAACAAAAAUAUUAUUUUAAGAGUGGUGUCCAUCCCCUGCAUCUGGUAGUACCUACAUUAUAGUUAAGUAGUCGUAAAUACAUACACACAUAUGUUUGUAGUAGUGUCGAAAAUACAGGGUGUACCAUUCAACCUAACCUAAAAAUAAUGUAUGAAUAAAAAAAUUAAAAUAAAUGUUGAUUUUAAAAUUAU